AUGUCUAUUGCUGCUAAAUAUUAUCCAAACGAACCUGUUGAGCCAAAGGUUCAAACUACAGAAAUCCCAGGUCCAGUUUCCAAGGCUAAGAUCGCAUCCCUAGGAAAGGUGUUUGAUUCCAGACCAGCGUACUUUGUUGCCGACUACUCAAAGUCCGUUGGUAACUACAUCGUGGACGUUGAUGGCAACGAAUAUCUAGAUCUAUAUGCACAAAUUUCUUCUAUUGCGUUGGGUUACAACAACCCAGCCUUGAUUGAGGCUGCCAAGUCUGACAAGAUGAUCAGGGCUUUAGUUGACAGACCAGCCUUGGGUAACUUCCCAGGCUCGGACUUGGAAGAUAUCCUAAAGCAAUUGCUCAAGUUUGCUCCAAAGGGACAAGACAAGGUUUGGAAUGGUUUGUCCGGUGCGGAUGCUAACGAGUUGGCUUUUAAGGCCGCAUUCAUGUACUACCGUCAAUUGCAAAGAGGUGGUCACGGUGCGGAGUUUUCUGAGGAGGAAACGUCUACCGUGAUGAAAAACUCUACCCCAGGUUCCCCAGACUUGGCCGUUCUUUCUUUCAAGAGAGCUUUCCACGGUAGAUUAUUUGCUUCUGGUUCGAGUACCUGUUCCAAGCCUAUCCAUAAAUUGGAUUUCCCAGCCUUCAACUGGCCACACGCCGAGUACCCAUCUUACAAAUACCCAUUAACGUCCUACGAAGAAGAAAACAAGAAGGAAGAUGACCGUUGUCUAGCUAUCGUCGAAGACCUAAUCAAGAGCUGGCCAACUCCAGUUGCUGCUCUGAUCAUCGAACCAAUUCAAUCUGAGGGUGGUGACAACCAUGCUUCCAAAUACUUCUUGCAAAGCUUGAGAGAUUUGACCUUGAAGUACAACGUCGUUUAUAUUAUCGAUGAAGUCCAAACUGGUGUAGGAGCUACUGGUAAGCUUUGGUGCCACGAAUGGGCUGAUAUCCAACCACCUGUGGACCUAGUUACCUUUUCUAAGAAGUUCCAAUCUGCUGGUUACUGGUUCCACGAUGAAAGAUUCAUUCCAAACAAGGCCUACAGACAAUUCAACACCUGGUGUGGUGAUCCAGCUAGAAUGAUCAUCGCUGGUGCAAUCGGCCAAGAGGUUGUCGAUAAUAAGUUGGUUGAUCAAUGCGCACGCGUCGGUGACUACUUGUUCGCAAAGUUAGAAAAACUACAAGAAAAAUACCCAACCAAGUUCGGGAACUUGAGAGGUAAGAACCGUGGUACUUUCAUCGCUUGGGAUUUGGAAUCUCCAGCUCAAAGAGACCAACUUUUGAAGAUUUUGAAGUCCAACGGUUGUAAUGUUGGUGGUUGUGCUGAAAAAUCUGUCAGAUUGAGACCAUCUUUGACUUUCGAGGAAAAGCAUGCUGACAUCUUCGUCAAUGCUUUGGUCAAGUCUGUUGAACAGUUGUAG